AUGGUUACUGCAGCGGGAAAGCGUCUUGCUGGCAAGACUGUUGUUAUCACAGGAGCCUCUUCCGGAAUCGGACGCUCGACUGCCCUUGAGUUUGCUCGCACCAGCCCCGAGAAUCUGCGUCUCAUUCUCACGGCCCGCCGCGAUGACGCCCUUCGCGAGCUUGCCGCUGAGAUCAAGGCUGAAGUAGGUGAUGGCGUCAAGGUCCUUCCCGUUCAGCUUGACGUGAGGGACGCCGACGCUGUGCGAGGCUUUGUGGGAAACCUUCCUGAGGAGUGGCGCGAUAUUAACGUACUCGUCAACAAUGCCGGUCUUGUCAAGGGUGUUGCCAGGGCUCCCGAGAUCAGGGAGGAGGAUGUGAACGUCAUGUUCCAGACCAACGUCACCGGCCUCAUCAACAUGACGCAAGCCGUUCUCCCGAUUUUCCUGAAGCGUGCCGACGGCGGCCAUGGUGACAUUAUCAAUAUUGGCUCCAUUGCCGGCCGCGAGCCCUACGUCGGCGGUUCCAUUUACUGUGCCACUAAGGCUGCCGUCCGCAGCUUCACCGAGAGUCUUCGCAAGGAACUCAUUGCUACCCGCAUCCGCGUCAUGACCGUGGACCCUGGCCAGGUCGAGACUAACUUCUCCGUCGUCCGCUUCUACGGGGACAAGGCUAAGGCUGACGCUGUCUACGCUGGCUGCGAGCCGCUAACGCCUGACGACAUUGCCGAGAUCAUUGUUUUUAACGCCUCGCGCCGCGAGAAUCUAGUCAUUGCCGACUCGCUUGUAUUUCCCAACCACCAGGCAUCGGCCACCGUCCUGCAUCGCAAGACCUAA